AUGGGAGGUGGCGGAAACGAGGAGAGAGGUGAGGGGACAGGUGAGGGUAGGGAGGAGAACAGGAUUUGCAACGGCGGUGGGGAUUCUAUUGGUGGUACAUAUGCUGAUUAUGUGCUCCGGUGCGGUGCCGAUAGGGGAGAGUGGAGAGGGGCUAGAGGAGGAGAGGGCGAGAGGAGAGGAGGAAGGAAAAGAGUAGCGGACAGCAGUGGGGACGCAGCAGAGGGGAGCAGUGGCGAGGAAACGGAUGGGUGCAGAUGGGUGGCAGAGACGAGUGAGAAGCUGAUGGCUCUGGUGGAAAGAAGGGUCGGGCAGGUGAAUGAGGCAGAGGUAGCGUCUGCAGCAGAGGCGAGACCCACGCAUGGGAGUUGUGAAGUGGGAGAGAAUGAGAGGGGUGAGACGGACGAGAGAUGGAGGGAAGAGCAGGGUCAACGAAUAGGGCAGCCGAGAAGAGGGGAGGCUUCGAGAGAAGCUGUAGAGGGCUUGUCUGUUCUGUCAGAGCCCCUAGUGGUGGAGCGGUGUAGAGAGCGGUACAAAGCGAAUGUGGCGCGGUGCCUGGGGGAGAUUGCCAAGGGGGAGAGCUAUGAGCUCUGCCUCACCACCCGCCUUGAAAGUGAAUCUCAGCCGUCGGAUCCACUCGGGGCGUAUCUACGGCUGAGGGAACGAAACCCUGCUCCAUUUGCGGCUUGGAUGUGUAUGGGAGAGAUAAGUCAAUACUCCAUAAGUGAGGGGAGAGAAGAGGAGUUGGAGGAACAGGAGGCUGUGGGAGUGGAGAAAGAACCGAAGGGUGGGGGGAAAGAGGAGAAUAAGUCGCAGGUGCAGCAGCACAACCACCCCGCUGUGCUCCGUGCCCCCUUUGCCCUCUGCUGCUCCUCCCCGGAGCGGUUCCUGCGGGGCGACAGGCAGGGCAUGCUGUGGGCCAAGCCCAUCAAGGGCACUGUGCGGCGGGGAGUGACAGAAGAGGAGGAUGAGCGGCUGAAGCGAGAACUCAUGUGCAGUGACAAGGACAGGGCAGAGAACCUCAUGAUCGUUGAUCUUCUCCGGAAUGAUCUCGGGCGAGUCUCAACCGUUGGAUCGGUGCACGUCCCGUCGCUCAUGGCCGUUGAAUCCUACGCCACUGUUCACCAGCUCGUGAGCACUAUAGCUGCGCAGAGCCGCCCGGACCUCUCCCCACUGGCCUGCAUCCGGGCGGCGUUUCCGGGCGGCUCGAUGACUGGGGCACCGAAAAUAAGAUCUAUGGAGAUCUUGGAUGAGAUCGAAGGGUCGGCAAGGGGGCCGUAUUCGGGAGCCCUGGGGUUUGUUUCGUUUUCGGGCACCUUUGAUUUGAAUAUUGUGAUUCGAACGGCUGUGAUGGGUGGAGAGAUGGGGGAUGGAUUGGAGGGGGAGAAGCGAGCAGGAGAGGAUGGGGAGGCAGAGGAGGGAGUUCCGACUGCUACUUGCCGCUUGGAUCUGCAGAAUCGUGCCGGAGCCACUCUGUUGAGCGGCGCCUCAUCUGCUUCGUCCGCCUCAAAAGCACUCAGCUGUAGCAGCGCCACCCAAUUCCUCGGUUCCUCUCUGCUCCUGCACUCCCUUGGCGGCGAAGGCGCGUGGUCCGGGCAAGCAAGCUCCGCGAGCGGUGCGCGCCGCUCCUGCAGCACGCUCGUCCACGCCAUGGCUGCAGCUGUGCUGCCAAAGAACAGCCCCGUGGUCUCCCCUGGCUGGCUGCAUGACAACCUGUCCAAAGUCAAGGUCCUGGACGCCUCGUGGUACAUGCCUGCGGAGAAACGUCAGCCAUUCGAGGAGUUUCAGCACGGGAGAAUCCCAGGGGCGAUUUUCUUUGAUAUUGACGCCAUUGCUGACCCCACCACUGAUCUUCCCCACAUGCUGCCGACAGAGUCCGCCUUUUCUGCAGCGGCGUCGGCGUUGGGUUUGUCAUCUAGUGACAGCAUAGUGGUGUACGAUGGCAAGGGCAUCUUCAGCGCAGCUAGAGCGUGGUGGAUGUUCCGUGCGUUCGGCCAGCCACGCGUGGCAGUGCUGGACGGCGGGCUGCCAGCGUGGCGGGCGGCAGGCUACCCAGUGGAGGCAGAGACUUCCGACAAGGCGGCCGGGCGGCACAAGGCAGCUGCUACCGCCAUCAAGGACAGCUACUCCACAAAGGCCGCAUCCAACCGCCUCCUCACUUUCAACGCAAAGCUGCAGCCUAACCUCAUCCUAUCCGUUGAUCAGGUGAAGGCCAAUAUCGAGAAUAAGGUGUAUCAACUCAGCGAUGCCCGCUCUGCUGGCAGGUUCAAGGGCAUAGACCCUGAGCCAAGGGCAGGAGUGCGAGGAGGAAGCAUUCCAGGAAGCUUCAAUGUCCCCUUUCCCGAGGUCCUAACCCCACAGGGACAGCUGAAGCCGGCCUCAGACCUCACCCAAGCCUUCAAGAGCGCAGGAGUCAACAUCGAGGACCCCAAGCAGCCUCUAGCCGCUUCGUGCGGCACGGGAGUCACUGCCUGUGUGCUCGCUCUGGCUCUGGCUCGCCUGGGUCGAUGGGACGUUCCCGUGUAUGAUGGCUCGUGGACUGAGUGGGGUAGCCUGCAGGACACCCCCGUUGUCAAGGCCGAGUGA